AGGAUCCUGACUUCUUUUCCCCUCUUUCCUUCUCUUCAGACCUCUAGCCAGACCGAACUGGAGAACUGGAUCACGGCAAUCCAUUCAGCUUGCGCAACCGCGGUGGCCAGGCAGCAUCACAAAGAGGACACCGUCAAGCUCCUCAAAACAGAGAUAAAAAAGCUGGAGCAGAAGAUUGACAUGGAUGAGAAGAUGAAGAAAAUGGGUGAAAUGCAGCUCUCCUCAGUAACGGACUCCAAGAAGAAGAAGACCAUAUUGGAUCAAAUCUUUGUUUGGGAACAAAAUCUCGAACAGUUCCAGAUGGACCUAUUUCGAUACCGCUGUUACUUGGCUAGCCUCCAAGGAGGGGAGCUCCCAAACCCUAAAAGACUGCUUGCUUUUGCCAGCCGUCCAACGAAAGUUGCGAUGGGCCGUCUUGGAAUCUUCUCAGUCUCGUCAUUUCAUGCUCUGGUGGCGGCUCGCACGGGGGAGUCCGGAGUGAGGAGAAGGACGCAGGCCAUGUCCAGAUCUGCCAGUAAGCGGAGAAGCAGGUUUUCUUCUCUUUGGGGGCUGGAUACUACCUCGAAGAAAAAGCAAGGGAGGCCAAGCAUUAAUCAGGUGUUUGGUGAAGGAGUGGAUUCAGUAAAGAAAUCUCUCGAAGGAAUCUUUGACGAUUCGGUCCCGGAUGGCAAGAGGGAAAAAGAAGUAGCGCUGAGCAGUGUCCAUCAGCACAAUCCCGACUGUGAUAUUUGGGUUCACGAAUAUUUUACGCCGUCUUGGUUCUGCCUGCCAAACAACCAGCCUGCUCUGACAGUCAUCCGGCCUGGGGACACCACACGGGAUGUGCUGGAAAUGAUUUGCAAGGCACACCAGCUGGAUCACUCUGCUCACUACCUGCGUCUUAAAUUCCUGAUUGAAAACCAGAUGCAGUUUUACGUACCAAAGCCAGAAGAGGAUAUCUAUGAACUGAUGUACAAAGAAAUAGAAAUCUGUCAGAAAAUCACACAGCAUAUUCAAAUAGAGAAGUCUGAUACAUCCUCUGAUAUUUAUGGUUUCUCUCUGUCCUCCGUGGAGGAAGAAGGGACUCGUCGGCUCUACGUGAACAGCGUCAAAGAGACAGGCCUAGCUUUCCAGAAAGGCCUGAAAGCUGGUGAUGAAAUUGUGGAGAUUAACAAGAAAGCUGCUGUGGACCUGGAGCCAGCUUUGCUGAAAGAUGCCCUUGUUCAGCCGUCGCUGUGUCUCACUGUGCGCACCUAUCCCCACAUCGAGGAAGGGCAGAAGCUGAUGCAGCCACCACCACGUCGCUUGGAGAACCCAUCUGACUUAAGUGACAGUGCACUGGCAUUUGCUGGGAGCAACCAAGGGCACUUGCUUUGCGGCGACCCAGACGGCUCUGCUGAGACAGCUCCGGAGGAGGGGGAAGCGCAAGAUCUGGAGUCAUCUGAUGAGGCUGAUAAGAUGAGCAAGAGUCACCGCCACCUGGAUGGUGCAGUGAGGCGAGAGGCAGAGGUGUUCUCCUGCUCCUGCGCUGCCGCACCGUUCCAUGCUCCUCGGAUUAUAUCCCAGAAGGUUAAGCUGAUGUCCUGA